AUGGAAACAACAAGAUCCCAAACCCCGCGGGUGCCGGAAGGGAAACCGGAAGGCGCCCCAACACCGGAGGGAAACGGCGCAGUUUCGGCUGUACCCGGAACCUCCACCCAACACAACACUACACGAGGAGACGGAGCUGUCCCGAUAGUUCCUCCCUCCUCAUCACGUGCUUACAGGGAGGAACAAACAACCCUGCCAAGCACCACUACACACGGCGCUGUCCCGACAGUACCGACACGCUACACACACCAAAUGGGAGCUGUCUCGACAGUACCCCCACAAAUCAGACACAACUCACCCCGUGGUGGCGCUGUCUCGACAGCACCGCCUCGGAAGGGGCAGCCCGCAGCAGGGAUUAGAGCCGCCGGGAAACCAAAGGCACGCAAACCUGCUACGUGGACGCCCAAACCAGUAGGUUCGGUACCACAGCGUACCCAAGCCCUACUGCCAACACCGGGGACAUCCACGGGCACUGUUCCGACAGGAGGGAAACCCCCUGCCACGGAGCAGACCCCAGUGAUGGAACCAGCGCUGGACCCCGUCUCUGCUCAGCUGGAGGCGGGCUGGACCGUUCAGGUGUCCAGGAAGGCGCGGAGGUGGAAGCCCAAUAAACGGAUGGAAACUCCCGUGCCCCCGCCUCCCCCUGUUACAGCUGCGGCUAAGCCGCAUAAGCUGAACAAGAAGCAGAGAAGGAAGCGCAGAGAGAGACUAGCAGCUCUCAACACCGCCCCGGCGCCUCAACAGAGCGUCUCUGGGAAGGGUCAGGCGCAGGCUGCAGCUGGUCCACCAGCAGCGAACCGUGCCCCUCCCCAGGAAAAGAGGGCGAAGGGGACCAGGGCCAAGAAGGAAAGUAACCAGGGUGCCCGGUCUUCUGCCAAGAGGGCCCGACUGGAUGAGACAAUAUCUCCCAGAGGAGAGCCUAAGAGGCAGAAGACUGGACCGCCUGGUGAAACCCCCCAUGCCGAUUAUGCAGAGGCGGCAAAGGCUGACCUGCUGGUGGCGGUAACUACUGCCACCUCGGGACACCUGACCUCGCAACAAUCGGAUGAGGUCCAGAGGCAGCUGCUAGCCCUGCUCUCGCAGGAAGCUAGACAGCCCACCUCAAGCCUUCCCGCAGGCCCACUCUUCAGGGGCAAGCCCGUAUGGGCGAAUGGCUCCCUCAGAUUGUGGUGCGAGAACCAGGCUACGCUAGCAUGGCUCAAGCGCAGUGUGGCUACCAUCACCCUCGAUGAGGGGGAGAAGGUGGUAGUCAAGCGCCAGAGCGAGGUACCCAAACGAGUACGCUGCGGCAUCCUGUUCCCGGGUGUCUGGGAGGACUUUGGCGAAGUAGGCCGAGCCCUCCGCUACCAGAACCCGUGGGCGGAAAUAGACCGCUGGCUGCUCAACCGGCGAGAGGUGCAGGGAACGGAGACGUUCGCUGUGGUCAGUGUGCCGGAGACAGUCGUGCAGCCCCUUGUGAGCCGCGGACGCCGGCUCGGCUUUAUGCUGGGUUCGGUGUACGUGAAGUUUGAGGGGUCACGGGGCAAAUUCAGGGAACAACCGCCCCCUAGCAGCACUGUCGCCAUAGAUGGCGCAGCUGAGGCACCUGCCGAGCCCAUGGACACUUGCGUGACGACGCAGGCACCUGUUGACGAAGUCCAGGAGCCUGAGUUGCAGGCCCCAGCGCAGUCUCCUUCCGUCCCCGAGAAGGACGAAGAAGAACUUCUUCGUGACUCCUCGGGGAGUGAGGGGGAAUGCGCGCAGGGGCUGGGCAAGCUGGCCAUCGGCAAGGAGGAGGAGGAGCCGAUGUCGGCGGAGGAGGGCGAUCCUGGUGGAGGAACCCCCUUCGCCCAUUGCGAAACCGCAACGGCUCAGAUCCGGAAGUGGUUGGAGGUCAACACAACAGCCGUAAUUCUGAUCCAGGAGCCGUGGGUCAGAAGGGGCUCUGUUUGCGGUCUCCGUAACAUAGGAGGUAAGCUAACAGUCUACUCGGGUCCGGAUAAUCCCCGGGCCUGCAUAUACACAACUAAAGAUAUACAUGUGCAACCUCUAACGAGCUUCUGUUCUAGAGACGUGUGCGCCAUAAGGCUGCGCGGGGCGCAAGACACCAGCAUGCAGGAGAUGGUCGUAGCCUCUGUGUACAUGCCGGAGGCGGACGACCCACCACCGCACGACAUGACAAGGCUGGUCAACUACUGCGAAGAGGCGGGGCUCGAACUCAUCGUGGCAACCGACUCGAACGCACACCACCCCCUAUGGGGCAUGGAUACAGGUAACGAGAGAGGUAAGAAGCUUGUCGAGUACCUAUUUACCACGAACCUCAACCUCCUUAACACAGGUUCGAAACCAACAUUCAUAAACAGACGCAGCAGAACAAUCAUUGACCUGACCCUAGCAUCUGAAGAAGCAUCGAAACACAUCUCAGGCUGGCAUGUAUCGGAGGAGGUGUCAUGUUCAGACCACAGAUGGAUUCGAUUCGACAUUCAGGUAAAAACAUUCACAGCAGUGCCUAGAAGGGACCCACGCAGGACUAAUCGCGACCUGUACACCCUGCGUCUAAACACAGUACUGGAACAGCAGGAGGGUCCCCUGAAGAUAGUAGGCAUAGCUGAGAUAGAAGAACAGGUAAGCACCCUUACAAACACCAUCCUGGAUUGCUACCAUCAGGCAUGUCCCUUAGCUACCCCAUCAACAAGAAGUGGAAGGAAGAACAACUGGUGGGGACCUGAGCUGGAGAGACUCAGGGGCAAGAUGAGGAGACAACUAAACAGAGCUAUGAACACUGGCACUGACGAGGACUGGGAUAACUACAAGUCCACCAAGGCCAAGUACAAAAAACGACUCAGGUACAGAAGCACAAACUCAUGGCGCAAAUUCUGUACAGACAUUGAGACCACCAUGCAGGCUAAUAGGGUAAGGAAGGUUCUCUCCAACAACUCAACCAUAACCUUGGGAUCCCUACGUAAGCCUGACAACUCUCUCACCAACUCACCGGAGGAGGCGGAACGGGUCCUGGUGCAAACACACUUCCCGGACUGCGUGAUAUCGCACCCAGUAAGUUGGGAGGAGGAGGAGACCACUCCGUCGGAGGACGAGUGGCAGCAGACACAUGAGGUAAUCAGCCCGCAGCGCACGCAAUGGGCCAUAAACAGUUUUGACUCCUUCAAAUCUCCAGGAAUGGACGGGAUCUUCCCUGCGCUACUUAAGUGGGGCGGGAGGCAUCUCACUUUGAAGCUGACCACCAUUCUGCGCGCCUGUCUGGCUCACAGGUACGUGCCGAAGCGGUGGAGAGAGGUCAAAGUCAUCUUCAUACCGAAACCAGGUAAAAGCGAUUACUCAGAUCCCAAAUCCUUCAGGCCCAUCAGCCUGACCUCAUUCAUGCUUAAAACCUUGGAGAGGUUGUGCGAUAGGCACCUGAGGGAGAGAGUGCUGAGUAACGUGCCCCUGCAUCCCAACCAACAUGCCUACAGCCCUGGCAAGUCUACAGAAUCGGCACUUCAUGCAGUGGUAAGCAAAAUUGAGGUAGCGAUUAAAAACAGGUCCAUGUGCUUAGGAACCUUUAUAGACAUAGAAGGAGCCUUCGACAGGACUAGGUUCAGCAGCAUUGCAGCAGCACUGGUAAGACAUGGUGCGAAUACAGUCAUGACCAAAUGGAUAAACAACAUGUUGAGCCAGAGGAUCAUAAGACUUGGGACAGGCGAGACACAGCAGGCAGUAGUGGCAAAGGGAUGCCCCCAAGGGGGAGUUCUAUCGCCACUUCUAUGGAACCUAGUGGUGAACGACCUCAUAACAACAUUAAACAACAAUCACUAUUACACAAUCGGCUAUGCUGACGACAUAGUGAUACUAACAAGCGGCAACCACUCAGGUACGGUAUGCGAUGUUACCCGCUCUGCACUAGCCAUCGUGGAGCGCUGGUGCGUUAACAACGAACUCACAGUCAAUCCUCGCAAGACGGAGCUGGUAAUGUUCACCAACAAACGCAACUUGGGAAACUACCAUCUUCCCAAACUGUUCAAUACAGAACUCCAACUAUCGGCAGAGGUAAAGUAUCUAGGGGUAAUACUUGACAACAAACUGAAUUGGAGUAAUCACCUAAAUGGCAAAAUUGAUAAAGCUACAGUCGCGUUCUGGCAAUGUCGUAGAAUGGUGGGUAGAACCUGGGGAUUAACUCCUAGGCUAACUCUAUGGCUUUACCAGGCAGUGAUAAGACCAAUAAUAAGCUACGGCGCGAUAGUAUGGUGGCCACGCACCAAACUAUCCACUGUUGAGGCUAGACUACAACGACUCCAGAGGUUGGCCUGUAUGGCGACAACGGGCUGCAUGAGGACAACACCAACCGCGGCCCUGGAAGCCUUACUGGGCCUGCCGCCGCUGCACCUCUUCAUACAACAAGAAGCGCUGGCUGCGGCGGUACGUCUCAAAAAAUCUAAUCUCUGGAGACCGCCUAGGGUGCCACACACCGAAAUCCUCUACGAGGCCAUAAGGACUGAACCGCUUAUAGAAGCGGUGACUGACAGGAUACCCAAGCAGUUCGUCUUCGACAAAAAAUACAAAAUACAAUUACACGAAGAACCCCAUGAAGGACUCAACCCAAGGGAGCUGAGAAUCUUCACGGACGGAUCAAAAACAAGGUCAGGCACUGGCGCUGGGGUUUUCUCAGAGGACCUAAACAUACACAUCUCGACACCACUUGGUGCCCAUAACACAGUCUUCCAGGCGGAAUGUAUGGGCAUUAUAAUGGCAGCACACGCAAUCGUCUCAAGGGAAGCAAUGGACUACCCCAUCCGCAUACUCUCUGAUAGUCGGUCAGUACUACAAGCUCUACAAAGUUUUACUUUCACUUCAGGGCUAAUUUACGAAUGUCACAAAGCUCUGUCAGAGGUAUGUACCACCAAUGGCGUAACUCUGCAGUGGAUCAAAGGACACAGCAACUCACGAGGUAACGAUGCAGCCGACAUCCUGGCGAGAGGAGGCUCGGAACUGAAGGUGGCAGGACCUGAGCCAAUCCUACCUCUGCCAUAUGCCUGGCUCCGGAACACGCUGCGACACAACACCAAGGUAAAACACCAGCAAUAUUGGUCUAACCUAGGCACAUGCAGGCAGGCGAAGGAAGCCCUCCCGACACUCAACCCCAAUCUGUCGCGGAGGCUUCGACAGCUGAAGAGACCACAGCUCCGGCUUUUAGCUGGGGCAAUAACUGGACACGCCUCAUUUAACAAACACCUAUUAACCCUACGUGUUACAGAUAGCCCCCUCUGCAGAGCAUGCAUGGAGGCAGAGGAGACAGCCGCCCACGUCAUUCUCGAAUGCCCAGGGGUGGCAAAAUACCGGGCACAACACCUCGGCUCACCGGGGUCUCUCCCAGAAGUCGUCGGCAACAUUAAGGGUCUGCUAGGCUUCUUGGUGGAGUUGGGUUGGCAGGAAUAGUGCAGCCAUCCCAUCACGCAAAAUAGGCGCAAUAAUAGACGUCGAGUUGCGGAAAACAAGCCCGCGA